CCAUUGAACCAACGUCCCAAGUAGAAGAGGAAUCUUGGAGACGACCUAGAAAUAUUUUGUGGCUUGUGUUGGAGAUCGAUGCGACACGGCGCGCGCGCCUAAUCCCGUCGCUCUUUUUCGCUCGCUCCCUCCCAGGUAAUGACGGGACUUGCUUGGGAGAGUUCUGGACUCCAAAUUUCCUGCACAUAACUCAGAUGAUGGUUCAGUAGCUAGAGAAUCCAAAGCUGCUAAUUCAGACCAGACGGUUCGCCAACGGUGUUUGAAGGCCUCUUUCUUGAUGAGAUUCUUCAGAUCCAUUUUUUCGGUUUUCGAACGACACUCCAACACGGGUUCAGUUGAAAACAAGUCUAGCAAUUCCAGAAGCCAUGGCUGGGUGACAAGUCUGAAUAAGGUCAUGACUAGUGGGCCGAUGAGGAGACUUCAAGAGCGUAUACUAUGGACAAGCAGGGCGGACACUUUGAGGUCGACCAGUGAUAUAUGGUUUCUUGGCAAAUGUUAUAAACUCUCACUUGAGGAGUCAUCACAUGGUUCUGAUGCUCCCAAUAGUUAUGAUGCUUUCCUAGAAGAUUUCUUGUCAAGAAUUUGGAUAACAUACCGGAAAGGUUUUGACCCCAUUGGUGAUUCAAAGUUCACAUGUGAUGUCAACUGGGGAUGUAUGAUCAGAAGUAGCCAGAUGCUUGUUGCUCAGGCAUUGAUCUUUCAUCAUCUAGGGAGAUCUUGGAGGAUGCGCUUGCAGAAGCCACAUGAUCCUGGGUAUAUUGAAAUUCUUCAUCUUUUUGGUGACUCGGAGGCAUGUGCUUUUUCAGUGCACAAUCUGCUUCAAGCUGGGAGGUGUUAUGGUUUGGCUGCUGGAUCAUGGUUGGGUCCUUAUGCUAUUUGUCGAACAUGGGAAACCCUUGCUCAUGCUAACAAAGAGCAAAUUGAAAGUGAUAAAUGCAAAGAAAGCUUGCCCAUGGUUCUAUAUACUGUUUCAGGUGAUGAAGAUGGGGAGAGAGGUGGAGCUCCAGUUAUCUGUAUUGAGGUUGCUGCCAGACUAUGUUAUGAUUUUAAAAAGGGGCAAUUGAACUGGGCACCUAUUCUGUUGUUGGUUCCUUUGGUACUUGGACUAGAAAAGAUCAACCCCAGGUACAUUCCUUUGUUGUGGGAAACAUUUACAUUUCCACAAAGCCUGGGCAUUUUAGGUGGAAGACCUGGGGCCUCUACCUAUAUUGUUGGCAUACAGGACAACAAGGCACUGUACUUGGAUCCUCAUGAAGGCCAACCGGCUGUUGAUAUCAAGAGGGAUGAUUUGGAAGCUGAUAGUUCUUCAUAUCACUGCAGCACUGUGCGUCAUGUGCCACUUGACAUGAUCGACCCAUCGUUGGCCAUUGGGUUCUAUUGCAGAGAUAAAGAUGAUUUCGAAGACUUUUGUUCCCGUGCUUCUAAGCUUGCAGACAAGUCAAACAGGGCACCACUCUUUACUGUUGCCCAGAAUCUUCAGCCCGCAAAGCCAGUUCCUUACGAUGAUCUUUUGGCAGUUGAUACCUUUACUGACACUGAUGAUCCCGUCCAUGAUGAUGAAUGGCAGAUUUUAUGAAGGCCAUGUCUUAAUGCCAUCUGAAAUAUUAAGUUUUAUCAUCUUAGGGCAGGCACCAACCUAACCUGGACAUCAUAUGUUUAGAGGAGCCAGAGUGUGCUGGAUUUCUUUUCUUUCACUUAUUCUUUCUGAUUUAUUGUCAAGAUCCUUGUACAUGUAAAAGAAAGAUAUAAUCCCAUAACUCAAUAAUGGAUGAUAACUUCCACAGGAGUUCCCAACUUUUUGGUGCA